AUGCAGAGAGCGGUGGCGUCCUUCACCGAGUGUCUCCGUCCUCCAGGAGACAGCAGCUCCUCUGUUGGACAGAGAAGUUGUCUCAGUUUCACACCGUUCUCCAUCAGAGACCUGCUCCGGUCCAAGGAGCCUCGCCUCCCCCCCAGCCUCAGGACGAUGGACAGAGUGCACGAGGUUGGAGAGGUGACGGCGUCUCGUCUUCAGGCGGAGGAGGAGGACAAUGAAGAUAAAACUUGUCCCGAACACAAGGGCCACUCUCUCCGUAACGCUCAUCAUGGCUCCGUUCAUAACGGAGAAAAUUCUCCGAUGAUGAGAGCCGUUUUGUGUGCCCAGGUGUGUAAGGUGUACCGGUUUCAGACCGAGGACCGGAGGUGGCUGCUGGUCCGGGAGCAGAUGUGCGAGACGCCGCUCUCCUUCUCCGUACCCAAACAGCUACUGAGCGUGCUCAUUCGGGAGCACACGGACAGAGUCCAGGAGGUGAAGGAGCUCGGUGACCUUUCACCCCACUGGGACGGUCUGCGACAUGAUGUCAUCAGCCACUGUGACCAUCUGAUUGGCUGCUACCAGGAAACGUUGGCUGAGCUCGACAAACUCUCAACUUCACCGUGUUUCAAGUCCAGCAGCAGCAAGUCCGACCGACACCUUCAGUUCGUUCCAACCAACCUGCACUCUCAGAGGAUGGAGGUCAAAGGUCCUGACAGCUCAGGUGUUUGGUAUGAGGUCAUCACAGUUGGAGCUCCAGCUGAUCACCACCGGGCGUUUAAACAUGGCGGACUGAAGAGACUCUUGAGGAAACUCCACAGAGAGAGCUCAGUCUCAUAUUCUCAGGACGAGCGCUGCAGAGCAAAGGAGCUGAUGGCCAGCGUCGCUCAGCUGCAGCCUCUGAUCUUCGGCCUCGCCGAGGAGCUGCUCGCCGCCUCCAUGGAGCCGGACGUCGCCCGACUGCAAGAGGUUCUGAACAGUCUGAUGCAGGAGACCAGACGGUUCAUUCAUGCUCUGAAGGACGAGCUAGUUAAAAGUGCCCUGCUGGCCAUCCACAACCGCUACGCCGUUGAUACUGGCAGCCAUGUUCACAGCAAUGGUUUGGUCUGUGAGGACUCACCGACCGACCAGGAGGACAUCGGCUGGCGACGGCCGGAGUACGACGAGGAGGAGUGGGACAGAGCGUGGGCGAACGUCGCCAAGAGUCUCAACUGCAUCUUGAUCAUGGUGGACCGGCUGCAGGAGCGAGAGCGCCACCUGCAGGAGCAGACAUCACCUGAGCCGCAGGAACUCACGGCGGACACAAAAUCUCAGAACACCGCUGCUGCUCCCUCCUCCUCCUCCGCCUCCUCCCGGCAGGAGCAGCUGCUCCCCCUGGUGGUCACCCUCAGGGACUGCGUGCGCGAGGCGGCGUCGAAGGCCCGAGCCGCCAUGACCUUCGUGGUCCUGCAGGGGGCGCUGGCUGCGACCGUCGCUCAGGGGCCGACGCCGAUCGUACGGAGACGCCACGCCGUUUUCAGCCAGGCCCUGUCUGCGAUCGUUUGUGGCUUCGUGCUGAAACUUCAUGGAGGUCUGGAGGACCCAGAGUUCCUGCAGCAGCUCCACUCUGUUGGGGUCCUGGUCCAGUUUGAAGGUCUGCUCAGCACCUACGGUGAGGAGGUGGGGAUGCUGCAGGACAUGGAGGUGGGCGUGGCCGACCUGAGCAGAGUGGCGUUCACCAUCACUGAGGCCCGGUCGGAGCAACCCGGCGACCUGCAGCUGACGCUCCGUGGAACGUGGAGCGGUUUUGUUGUCGAAGUGCCGGUACCUCCAGAGUCCUUCAGCUCGCUGCCGCAGGAACUGAAAGAUGGCGGUCGGAUCCGAGUGGAGCCCGUUCUGUUCAACAUCGGCAUCAACCAGCAGCAGAGUCUGGCUGAGAGGUUUGGAGACAGUUCCCUGCAGGAGAGAGUGAAUCAUCAGAGCUGUGAGCGUCUCCAGGCUUACUGUACCUCACUGAGAGACAGACUCCCUCACAUGGGCGGAGUCCAGUCGCUGCCGGACGUCUUGUCGUCUCUGGAUCGCAGUUUGGAGGCCAAGAAGAGAAAGAACGUGGAGGUUCUGUGGACCGCGGCUGCUGUGUGUCGGAGCGUAAACGGCGUCCGCCUCACGAGCUGUAAGAGCGCGAAGGACCGCACGGCGAUGUCGGUGACCCUGGAGCAGUGCGCCAUCCUGCGAGAGCGCCACACCCUCAGCCAGCAGCACUUCAGCUCGGCGCUGAGCUCCAUGAGGAGAGACGGCUGCAGGAUGGAGAACGUCCAGAAGAACGUCGGCAGCAGGAAGUUCGCCUUCAGCGGCGUUCAGCUCCUCACCUUCCCCAAACUCUACAGACCUCCAGACGGCAGCUACGGAUGA